AUGACUUCCGGGCGCAAGCAGGCCUGUCUAUUCGACAUGGAUGGCCUUCUUAUCGAUUCAGAGGACAUUUAUUCGCUAGUGAUAAAUACUAUUCUGCAUGAGGGGGGAACAAAAUCCACAAAAAUCCAGGCGGGAAAGAUAUUCCACGAUUGGGCCCAACUGCCCAUCAGCAUGGAAGACUUCCGCGAGAAGCAAGCAGCACUCCAGAAAAUACAUUUCCCGACUACAAAGCCGUUACCAGGCGUAGUUUCUCUGCUAUCGACUCUUGCUAAGACCGCACAGACUCCAUGCCCAAUUCAUAUGGCACUAGCCACGUCAUCGACGUCCGAAAACUACGCCUUGAAAGCCGCCCACUUGGCAGAUCUUUUCUCCUUAUUCCCUGAAUCGAGACUGAUCCGAGGUGACAAUCCCCGCAUCGGCGCGGGAAGAGGCAAGCCGUUACCAGACAUCUAUCUACUGGCAUUGGAGGCCAUCAAUGAGGAAAUACGCGCAGCAAAUAACGGUGAACCUGAAAUAAAACCGGAGGAAUGUCUCGUGUUUGAGGAUUCCGUCCCUGGCGUCGAGGCCGGGCGGCGGGCGGGGAUGCAGGUUGUCUGGGUUCCGUAUUCCGGGCUUCUUGAAGAAUACCGCGGCAAGGAAGAACUGGUCCUAGCUGGUUUGACCGGCGAGCAUAAAGAUGUUGAUGUGGAGCAUGCGGUGCUGGAAGGGCUUGAGGGGCUUGAUACAUGGCGAGGCCGUGGAUCCGGGAAGACUGGCGAAGUUGGUGACGGCUGGGCCCAUUUAUUACAGAGUCUGGAGAACUUCCCUUACGAAAAGUUUGGAAUCAAGGUCCAGCGUGAGAACUAA